GUUUUGUGAUACAUGCACCAAGAAAAGCAGACGAUACAUGUUAAUUUUAGCGUUAAAUCAACGGCAGUUUUAGCCUAGAAAGGUAUCUGUUUUUUAAGCAACUGACACCUUAAACUAAAUUUAGUAUGUAAGCACACACGGACUAUCAAUAGUGUGAAGGCGAUUGCAAUGGUAACCAUCGUUGUUUCAAACAGCGACUGGCAGAGCUAGAGUUAAACCGUGCUCUGGUGGCCGUGUAAGGAGGAUAUUGUGCGUGGGCUCUGGGUUGCUAGCCGGUUUGAGGGUGCAUUUUGUCUCGACCAAUCCUGCGCGGUGCUCUAGGUCCCGGCAUGCCCAAUGCGGGCAGGGGGAGGCUCCGGCCAAUUUGAAUGAAGACUGAAGCUUUCGGCGCCAUUUUCGACUGAGCAGCUCCAGCAACAACAGCUGCACAGAGAGCUCCGCACUGGAGUCCAGUCAUUUGAGUGAGGGGACACUUUUUUUCUUUUUGUUUCCAGAAAACAAAGAGAGAUUUUUCUUUCUGAAUUCGACCUCAAAUUUGAGACGACUGUUUCCCGGUGGAUGAAUGCAGCGGACACAAAAGACGAUGUGUAGUGACAACAAAUAGUGAAGUGGAGACUGAAGUGAGCUAGGAGGCUAAUCCGGCUAGCAUCUCCAGCCGAGAAGGGGCGUCCGAUCGGAUCCGCGCUGUGGAAACGAUAUAUUUUUGUAUUAUUUUUCGAAAAAAUCUAGCAAAUACGCGGAUGACUUGAAAAUUCUAUAAAAAAUUCUGAAAAUUCUCGCAGGCGACGACGAAUAGAUCGGUGUUGGUUGUUUGGUGGAGCGAGGUGGUUUUGUGCAUUUUUUAAACGUUAAGUUUGAGCGGGAUUGGUGAUGUGCGCGAGACGGCCGGCGAGCCGACAGCCUAUCAGCGAGCGAUACACCGGGAUGCCACACCGACCAACACUGCUGUUCUUUACUACAGCUUUUCUUCCUCUUUCAGCGAGAAAACGACGAUGACCAGAGUGCCUUUUUUUUUGCGAAUUUUUUUUUUAUUGCAAGAACUGUAUUGAGUGCGCCGUCAGAAUUUUUAACUGCAAACUUUUUUUUGUGUGUGGAUUUACAAAUAUGUCCAAAAUAUGUUAGAAUUUGCCUGGUUGUGAUUAUCAGGAACUACAAAACAAUUCAAGAUGGAGUCCUGGAAUGCCUCAAACCCUGCUGAGAGAAAGAGAGAGAGGGAGGAGAGGAGAGGAGUCACUCGCUCUGUGAUUCUGGCAGUGCUUGGUCAUGUUGCCGAGUGUGUGAUUGAGAGAGAGAGAGAGGGACCCUCUCUAGGUGAUGGUGUAGCAGCACAGAAUGGUUUGUGGUGAUGCAGAGAUGCAGGCCGUGAUGUGCUGCAGCAUCAAUUCCUGGGACCUACGCAGUCGAGAGAGAGAGAGAGAAGAGAAAGAUUGUGUGUGGGAAUGUGUGUGUUGUCUUGCUUUAGCAGCAUGUAAAUAUUGGAGUUACUCCUUGGCCAAUGCCUCCAAUAUUGCUCGUGCUGCUGAAGCACGAAGUCACCAAACAGCACAUGCACGUCAUCUUUUUAUCUCGGCGACCAGGGCCUAGCUGACUCACUGGUACUGAAACACCUUCAUGGACUGAAUCAUCAAACCAACAGGAGGACCUCAGUCUCACCGGGAUGAACUGAAUGGUCAAAGGGACGGAUGUGGUCAUCGUGAAAAGCGGGAGGCGGAUCUGUGGAACUGGAGCCUGUCUCGCCAACGCCCCUCUACACCAGAACAAGAGCUAUUUUGAGUUCAAGAUCCAGUCCACGGGUGUUUGGGGGAUCGGUGUGGCCACUCAGAAGGUGAAUCUGAACCAGGUGCCACUGGGUCGAGACAGUCACAGUUUGGUGCUUAGACACGAUGGCUCCAUAUACCACAACAACGAGGAGAAGAACCGAUUACCCGCCAACAGCCUACCCCAGGAGGGGGAUAUAGUGGGGGUGACCUAUGAUCACGUGGAAAUGAACCUGUACUUAAAUGGAAAAAACAUGCACUGUCCAGCCUCAGGUAUUCGAGGGACUGUGUUUCCCAUAGUUUAUGUGGACGACAGUGCCAUCAUAGAUGCCCAGUUCAGUGAUUUCUACCAUACUCCACCUGAAGGCUUUGAAAAGAUUCUGUUCGAACAGCAGAUCUUUUGAAUUGCUGUCUGUGUGCAGACACACACAUAUUGUCAAGUUGAACUGUGUGUGUGUGUGUGUGUGUGUGUGUGUGUGUGUGUGGCAGCAUCACGUGG